AGCCCAGCCCAGCCAGCCUCCAUUCGACCAUUCCCAAGGAAACCCUCCGCUCCUCGCACGUCUGACGUCUCCCAUGGCCGCCGCCGCCGCGCCGCUCCGCCGGCUGCUCCUCCGCGUCCGCGACCCGCCGCCGCUGCCCUUUAACACGCUCCUCUCCAACAUCACGCCGCACCUGCAGCAGGGCCCCACCCCGGCCCCUGCUCCUCCACUCCCGGCCUCGACGCCGGCCCAGACGCCACCCGGGACUCUCCGCGACGCCCUCUUCUCGUUCCACCCGGGCCUCCAGAUACACCCGUGCCUAGAUCCGGCUGGGAGUGCCCCCGCAUGGGAGGAGGUCGGCGGAGGGGCCGCGGAGGUGUGGGCGGACAGCGUGAAGAAGAAGCGCAAGCGUAAGAUGAACAAGCACAAGCUCCGCAAGCUCCGGAAGCGACUUCGCCGCCAGACAUGAGAGCUCUCUCCUCUCCGGCUACAAGGUUGUUGGACUUGAAACCUGGGCCUCCGACGCACAACACAGUGGUUAAUUGUUUAUGGGCUGAUCACCUGCUGCGAGUUUUUGUUUGGCAAAGGAGCUACAUGUUCAAUUGCAGCCGGCAAUUGUUGGGACUAACAGUUUAGAAACUAUGACAGAAAUUGAAUUGAACCAGGAUCGAGCUAGGUUUAAGUCUUGAUUUCUGUCGAAUAAAGCUCCAGAUUUGGUUGUUUUGUCGCUCUUUCUCCAUUCAUUGCGGUGACUAACACCCACAUAUACUCGUCCAAAAGUGCUUCACAUAUUCUAUUUGAGGGUACCUGAAUUUUUGCACCCAUGAUUGUUGUAUACCCAGUUCAUAUUAUCUAACAAGUUACCGCAUGUUUGUAUCGUUGAGAGGUCCACGUAUUCUAUGUACGUA